AUUUUAAGACAAAUUAUUGUCAUUAGACAGGCCAAAGAGGGUCAUUAUAAUGGGCCCAAAAUUACAUUCGGUAUAUCACUGAGAAAUGCAAGUAGUUUGGGCCGAGGCCCUACUAGUGAGCAUGUGGCUCACUAGAGAAUGAAGAAGCAAAACGUCCGGACCCUAUCGUUGAUCGUCUGCACGUUCACCUACCUCCUCGUUGGCGCUGCAAUAUUUGACGUCCUCGAGUCCGAGACGGAGAAACGGCGCAAAGAAGCGUUGGACGCCAUUGAAAGAAUGGUUAUACGCAAAUACAACAUUAGCGAGGACGACUACAAGAUCAUGGAAACUGUCGUGCUGAAGACUGAGCCACACAAGGCUGGGCAACAGUGGAAGUUUGCCGGUGCUUUCUACUAUGCAACCACGGUCCUCACCACUAUCGGUUACGGGCACUCGACGCCGAACACGAUAAGCGGCAAGCUGUUCACAAUGUUCUACGCGAUAGUCGGCAUCCCUCUGGGCCUCGUCAUGUUCCAAAGUAUAGGAGAACGGUUAAAUAAAUUUUCGUCUGUUGUAAUAAGAAAAGUCAAGCAACUACUCAAUUGCAAAGACGUUCAGGCAUCAGAAAUAAAUUUAAUAUUUGUCGUGACAUUUUUAUCAAGUUUAACAAUAACUUGUGGUGCUGCUGCAUUUUCACGUUAUGAGGGUUGGUCAUAUUUUGAUUCUGUCUAUUAUUGUUUUAUAACAUUAACGACAAUUGGAUUUGGUGAUAUGGUAGCAUUACAAAAAGAUAAUGCACUUGAUAAUAAACCCGAGUAUGUAAUAUUUGCAUUAAUAUUUAUUCUAUUUGGUUUGGCAAUUGUUGCUGCAUCUUUAAAUCUUCUUGUAUUACGUUUUGUAACAAUGAAUACUGAAGAUGAACGACGAGAUGAGGCAGAAGCUCUUCAGGCUGCACAAGGAGCUGUAAGACUUGAGGGUGAUGUGAUAACAGCAAAUGGCUCAAUAUUAUCAGGUCAAAUGGGUAAUCAGGGUGAUACAAUAUCUCUAUAUGAUGAUGAUACAUCAGUAUGUAGCUGUAGAUGCAGUGGUUUUUAUAGAAAAAAAAGAAGACCAGGUUAUACUGUACGUCGUCCACCAAGUAAAAUAUCACAUUUAUUACCAAUGCAACAAUUUACAACAACAAAUUAUAGAGAUGACAUACAUCCAUUACCAUUAACACCAAUAUUAUUACCAACAAUAUAUCAACAUAGAGCAAGUAUUUGACGUCCACCGUCAGUCAAAACUUUACCAAUACAUGAGUAUCAUCCAUAUAUACCACAAAUUCAAAUACGACGUGAAUCGGUAUAAUGAAUUAUU